ACAUUACAAAUCUCUAUGCUUCUUUCUGAGUGUUGAAAAUUCCACAUUUAUCACAACACCACCAUCACCAACACCAACCCUAGGGAGAAGAAAAGGACCCUCCUUUCACUCAUGGCUUCCGUCAAAACCUUCUGGAUUUUCUCUCUCGUUCUUCUCCUCCUCGCUUCUCCUUUCGUUCAAGUUGCUAGGUGCCAGUCUGAUUCAGAUUCAGAUGAAUCUGUGGACACUACCACUGAAGAAUCAAAUGAUAUUGGCAUCGUUGGUGAUGAUGUCCAAGAUUUUGGUGAUGCGACGACCUUCCCUGCUGCUCCUGGAGUUGAUACCAUAUGUGUUUUUCCGAAAAAUAGUGCAAGAUUGAUAACAGCUGGAGAAGAGACAGAACUGCUUGUUGGUUUGAAAAAUGAUGGUGAUUCAAGCAUGAAUGUCAUUGCAAUUAGGGCUAGUGUUCACCUGCCGUUUGAUCAUCGUCUUCUUGUCCAAAAUCUUACUGCUCAGGUUUUCAACAAUGGUACCGUGCCAGCUUCUGCACAGGCUACAUUCCCAUAUGAAUUUGCUGUAAGCAAGUUCUUGCAGCCUGGAACUUUUGACCUUGUUGGCACUAUUUUGUAUGAGAUAGACCAGCAUCCUUACCAGAAUACCUUCUUUAACGGCACUAUUGAAGUUGCCGAGGCCGGUGGCUUUCUUAGCAUGGAAUCUGUCUUCCUUGUUACUCUUGGAAUUGCCCUCCUCGUCCUCCUGGGGCUAUGGAUUCAUGGUCAAAUACAACACCUAUCUAAGAAAACAAAGAGGGCUCCAAAGGUUGAAGUUGGGACUAGAUCAACAGAUGCUUCAAUGGAUGAAUGGCUCGAGGGAACUGCUUAUGCUCAGUCAAAUGCAAACAAAUCAAAGAAGAAGAAGUAGAUGAACAAAUACUUUCAAGUUUCAGCCACACAAGAGUCUACCAUGGAGUGAAGAAUCAUGUAACUCAGAUUAGAUUGGAGAGUUUAAACUUUAAAGAGAGCAUGAGGAAAUAGUUUUAAAAUUUAGGCUGAAAGUCCUGCCCUUCUCUGUUGUAGUUUAAAAGAAGUUUCUACAUUUUUUUUACUUAUCCCAAUGAAGUUGAGUUUUUUUUUUCUAAGAAAAACUAACAGGCAUAUCCGAGUUAGGAAGGAUACCACAACUUUUGUUUCUGUUAGAAUUUUUGUUAGAUAAUGUUCGAUUUCACUAUAUUUUCCGUGUUUACUAUGGGUGGUGAACUUGGAAUUUUGGUUUCUGGUUUCGGGUCCCUGUUUUCCCGUUUUACAUUCAUUAAUCAUUAUUAUAGGCAACUGACAUGGCAUGUAAUAGUUUCUUCUGAAUAUGAAUACUGGUGGUUGUGUA